GUGGUACCAAAGGGAGGUGGCGGCGGCGUCCUGUGACCUCCAGGCGCCACCAUGGUCAGCGGGCGGCGGCCGCUCGUUCUUUCCGCCCAAAUUCCUGUUAAUAUUUAACGUGUGCCAAUGCCCACGGACCUUCUACAUGGAAGAGAGACUGCGUUAUUUCUCGGCGGACAUGGGAAACGCCACUCACACUUGUAUCAGAUGGGAUGAAGGAAUGAUUCACUACCAUGUUGGAGGCCUACCAGACUUGGGAAGUGGACCUAGUGGUGCAGUGACCUGUGGAACUUCUGAUGGAAGCCUUUGGACUCAAGACUCCUAUUGGAUAGAGGCACACGGUCAACGCCCAUCCUUCUUGAGAUGAAGACAAAGAAUUAUACAUCUUCCAUGACAACAAGACAAGCGAUCACCAUAUGAUCACAUGAAGCUCUUGUUGUUGGGUUUGCCUCUACAGUUUUCUCAAUGCCAUAAGAUUUGUGCCUCACUAUGGAAGGAUUGCAUGUUCCCUACCCUGGAAAAUAUCACAAAGUAAGUCAAACUACAGCUGUCGGAACUCAGACUAUCAUCCACCACCCAACUGGUUUUUACCCUAACUACAACAUCCAGGAUAACUCCAUUCCUAAUGUAGUGUCCAAUCCUCUGCAAAACCCUAUUCAGAACCCAACUGCACUCUCCAUAAAGGAAGCAAAUAAUCUAUUGGACGCUGACAAACCCUAUGAGUGUGAACGGUGUGGUAAAAGAUACGCUCAGAAAAGUCAUCUUACCAGUCAUAUUCAGUGGCACAACAAAGAAAAGAACUAUGAGUGCAAAAUAUGUGACAAGCGUUUUUCUAUGGAGAGCCACCUCAAUGGUCACAUGCUUGAGCACAGUCGUGAAAAGAAAUAUGAAUGUGAAAUAUGUGGUAAGCGAUUUACUAUGGAGAACUAUUUGACAAGUCACAUGCAUGCCCACAUUACAGAGAAGAAGUACGAGUGUGAGAUUUGCGAUAAACGUUUUGCAAUGCAGAAUCACUUGAAUAGUCACAUGCUAGUGCACUGUAUGGAUCGUAAAUAUGAGUGUGAAAUCUGUCGUAAGAGAUACACCCAACGUAGUCAUCUAAAUUCUCACAUGUUAAAGCACAGCAAAGAAAAAAACCACGAGUGUCUUCUGUGUGGCAAGAGAUACAACAUGGAGAGUCACCUUAAGAGCCACAUGCUUGUUCACAAUGACCAGGACAAGAAGUUUGAAUGUAUGGUAUGUGGUAAGAGGUUUCACAUGGAGGUGCAGCUUACAAGUCACAUGGUAACACACAAUGAAGAUCGCAAAUUUGAGUGUCCUCAGUGUGAUAAACGUUUCACUCUUGAACUGCACCUCAAUUCUCAUAUGAUGGUGCAUAAUACUGAGAAAAAAUUUGAGUGUCUGCUUUGCCACAAGCGUUUCACCAUGGAGAGUCAUUUGGUAAGUCACAUGUUGGUGCACAAUGAGAAGCGGUUUGAAUGUGAGAUUUGUGGCAAGCGGUUCAAUAUGGAGAGCCACUUGAACAGCCACAUCUUGGUUCACACUGUGGAGAAGAAUUUUGAGUGUGAGAUUUGCAAUAAGCGCUUUGCCAUGGAGAAUCACCUCACUAGCCACAUGUUGGUGCACAGUGAGGACAAAAAGUAUGCAUGUCAUGUGUGUCAGAAGCGCUUCAACAUGGAGUGGCACCUCACCAGCCACAUGUUGGUCCACAAUGAGGACCGUAAGUAUGAAUGUGAGCUGUGUGGCAAACGCUUCACCAUGGAAAGUCACCUUAACUCUCACAUGUUGGUGCACAAUGAGAAGAAGUAUGAGUGCCCUCUCUGCACUAAGCGCUUCAAUAUGGAGAGUCACCUGAGGAGCCACAUGUUGGUACACAAUGAGAAGAAGUUUGCAUGUAUGUUAUGCUCUAAGCGCUUCCUCAUGGAGGCCCAUCUUAAUGCACACAUGCUUGUGCACAGUGAAGAUAAGAACUUUGAAUGCAAUGUAUGUGGCAAACGAUUUAACAUGGAGUGUCACCUCAACAGCCACAUGCUGGUCCACAAUACCGACAAGAAUUUUGAAUGUCAAAUAUGCAACAAACGCUUUAAUAUGGAGAGCCACCUUAAUUCCCACAUGCUAGUACACAAUGAAAAGAAGUUUGAGUGUCCCUUGUGUAGUAAAAGAUUCAAUAUGGAGAGUCACCUGAACAGUCACAUGCUUGUGCAUAGUGACAAGAACUUUGAGUGUGAUGUGUGUGGGAAACGGUUCAGCCAGAGCAGCCACCUCAACAGUCAUCGAUUUGUCCAUAGCCAGGAGAAAAAAUAUGAAUGCCAGGUGUGCCGGAAGCGGUUUCACCAGGAGAGUCAUCUGACCAGCCACAUGUUUGUUCACUCAGAGGAUAAGGCAUUUGAGUGUGAGGAGUGUGGAAAGCGGUUUGGGCAGGAGAUUCACCUGAACAGCCACCGGUUCACUCAUAGUGGGAAGAAGACAGAAUAUCAGCAAAUCAUGACUAAUUAUGUCAAUAACCACAAGUAUAUGAGUGACGAAGACAAGCAGCACCAAUGUAAUGUCUGUGGGAAACGGUUCAUUCAUGAGAACCACCUCAACAUUCAUAAAUUUGUUCACAAGGAAGAAAAGAAGUAUGCCUGUGACAUCUGUGGCAAGCGCUUCUCCCAUGAAGCAUAUCUGAGCAGCCACCGCUAUGUCCACAAUGAAAAACGCUUUGAGUGUAAUCAGUGUGGAAAACGUUUCUCUCAUGAGAGCUACUUAAAUAGCCACAGCUUUGUGCAUAAUGAACGUAGAGAAGUUAAUUUCCAAAAACCACAAAUACCAGUGGUUCAGAAGGAACAGAAUACUCACGUUCAAGUGCAGCAACAAGAAAAGAAGCCCUUUGAAUGUGAUGAAAAUGGUAAGAUGUUAAUCCAGCAGACAUAUCAACCUCCUUAUGCUUAUGCUCAGUGGGAACAUGUGCGAACGUUGUGGUCAUUGUAAGUAAUGGUUCAGCAGAAGGAACAUGUGGAAGAAGAUCCCAAAACAUCUUUUAGGACUGGCAUCUUCAGUGUUUUUUUUUUUUUUUUUUUUCCUUGGCCAAAAUUCUUCUUACAUGACAAAGGAAACAAAUGUGGAAACUGAAUCCCAUAGCUGUGCAUCUUAUUGAGAGGAUUACUUCUUGAAGGAGAAGAUGUCUCAAAUUGAAACCUGAGUCUGUACUAAAGUUAGUUCAUGAAAAAAUAUGAAAUAAAGUAGAAUAAAUAGAAAUAAAACCACUAUACAAACUUUCAUGGCUAUUCAAGUGGUGUGUGAUGUACAUUAAGAAACUUCAUUGAAGUGAAAUCAAGUGGUGUGUGAUGUACAUUAGGAAACUUCAUUGAAGCACCCUUUUCUGAACCUCUGGACCAAACACUUGUGUUAUUAUUAUAAUGCAAAAGGUAGCAAGGUUGAAUUAUAUGGAAAUGAUAACCAAAAGAUAUGUGAGUGACAUCUAAAUGGAUGGGAGUUUUUAAUAUAAAAGUAAAGUGAAACCCAUAAUACUGAAAUUAAAAUAAGGUGAGGGAAACAAAACAUUGCACAUGACUCCACAAUUAUUGUGUGAAGAAUGUGAUUAUGUAGUGAAAUGAAUUGUAAGUAAAAAUAUGACUCUAAAAAGUGGAAGAAAAACAAACAAGGAAAGAAACAAAGGGGCAGAGUACAUUGUGACAUGCAAGAGAGUUUAUUGUACAAUACAUAACAUUUAUAUUUACUGGAUGUAGUAUGUGUAGCAGUCAUGUCUGAUAGGGGAAAGGGAGAGGGAAAGGGAAUAAGGUUAGAGAUUUGGGUGUCAUUGGUAUGAUAUAUUAUGGUAGAUACAGUGCUGUUAUCCCUCACAGCUUUGGACCAGUUGUGCUUCACAUCAGCAUUUCGUAAUAUAACUUUGUGUUUGGUUAAGGACACAGUUGAUUCCAAUUGCCAUCUAGAGCCCUGAAUUAUCUUCAUUAAACUAUUGUAUACAAUUGUUGGCUUCAAUAUUGAUGACAAGUAAGACAGUAAAUGGCCUCUUAAUGCAUUUCAUCUGUUACUUGAUGGAUCCAACAAAAAUGCUUGCAUUUGUUAAUGAUGACAAUGUUGCAGAAUUUUAGGGAAAGGUAUUUAUUAAUAUAAAAGAAUGAAGUGUGUAUGCUCAAAGUCUUGAUUGGUUGCUGGGAAAAAAAUUCCAUGUAGCUAUGAAAUUCUCAAUGGAAAGUCUUAUUGUCUGAUAUAGAAGUUUUCAAUUUUAAGGGCAACCAUAGAACUGCUUAGCUUUGAGUGUAAGGACAUAGCAUAGUCAAUGUAUCAUAGUUCUGAGUUGAAAGUCUGAAGGGAAAAGUAUCAGUGUUCUAUUCUUGCUGCAAACCCAUAAUUAAUUAUUUGGUAUUACAUAUUUAAAGAGAAUAUUAUAUGAAAAAAGACAGAAAAAAGAAACGUAAACAUGGACAGUGGAAGUUCUCUUAGAAUGGAGGUUACUUUUUUCUAUUUUAUUUUAUUCUUCUUAAUACAUAUAUAUAGAUUAUAUUAGAUUUUAUACAUAUAUUUUCUUUAUGUUUUUGAGUUUUUAUCUUAUGACUAUGGCUACAGUAAAUUUGAUAUAAUUUUAUUUUAAGCUAAGCAUCUUAAUGCACACACACACACACACACACACACACACACACACACACACACACACACACACACACACACACUAUAUAUAUAUAUGGAGGAAAAAGAAAAGUUUAAUAAUUACAAUGCUAUAUCUUGCGUACCUGAAUGACUGUGGGAAGGAGAUAAGGGUGGUCCAGUUAAAAGGCAUCUUACAGUAGAUUUUGAAUCACUAAUCUGAAUGUGUGUGUGUGUGUGUGUGUGUGUGUGUGCAUGCAUUUAAUUAGUUGUAUAUUACCAGGUUCAAGCAGGAUUCAUAGUGACCUGUCUUCAGAUCUUCUUUUAUCAACUUUUCGUUAAAUUCAUGCACAUUUUCUGUUGUUACAAUCUCUUCAUUCAAGCUGUUCCAGAUGUCCACCAUUCUAUGUAAGAAACUAAACUCUGUGUGUGUGUGUGUGUGUGUGUGUGUGAGAGAGAGAGAGAGAGAGAGAGAGUGAGUGAGUUUUUAUUAGCUUUCUUUGUACAAGCUGUCAAUAAGAAUCUUGAAGCUCUUACCUACCAUCUUAAAGAUCUUACAGAGAUAUACAAGAAUUGGACAUCAUCAUUCUCAGAGCUGAUGAGACAUAAUGAAACACUGUUGUAUGGUUGUAUGAAUUUAUAGGUGUUUUUGAUACCUUAAGAAUGAAUUGUUUUUGCAUGUUGAAAAGAAAAUGUUAACUACUUUCAACUUUCACUCAAAUGAUAUUAUGUUAUAUACACAGUUGUAUACAACUGUGCUUAUUUGACUAGUGUGUUCUAGAUGUCAAUAUUCUUUGUAUUAUACUCUUAAAAAUUGUUUGAUUGAGUGAGAAAAGAGAGAGAAAAUGAUAAAUAAUGUCAUAGUACAGCAUUUCUUAUAGUUAUUCUUUAAACUGAUAGUUCUUAUGUUAAUAUUUUUGUCAUUGUUAUUAUUAUUAUUUUUUUACUUUUUUUUUUUUACUAUCAUUAUCCAUCAUCAUCACAAAAGUAUAUGUUUGUGAAAUAUGAUGCUCCUAUUCCUUAAAAUCUUAUAAAACUUAUUGCAGCCAAACUCCAUGCAAGUUAUCAUUAUGAAAAUGUUAAAAGUCUCAAUGGUUGUUACUUACUGCUUUUGUUGAGUGUACCUCAAUUACAUUUCUUGUAACCUAUGCUGUGUCAGCUAGAUGUAGAGCUUGCUUGGAUGCAUGGUGGUAUUGGCCAAUUUUCUGUUUCUUACUUUAUCCUUGAAGUUUUAAAGACAAAACUAAGAUAAAACACUACAAUUCUUUGUUAUCAAAAUCAGGCUCAUAAUGCUUAUCUUUUAUUGCACUGUCAUUAUUCUCAGGCUGAUCACUAUCAUGGAUUGUAAAGUGUUAGUCAACUCUUAAAUCUCCUUUUCUGUUGGUUUUCUUCGCUACAGGCUGUGUUGCUGUUAGCAGGUAAUGAAGUAUUUAGUGUACUGGCUUGACUGCGUUUGCCUCUUCUCAUUCCAGAUAAUCUAGGCAAAUAUGGUACUAGGAUCCAUUUUUUAGGAUUGUUAUAAGCAAGAGGCCCAGAAGUAAUAUUAAAGUUGUAUUUGGUGCUGGUCAGACCUCAUCUAGAUUGUGUUGUUCAGUUCUGGUCUCCAAAUUAUGGGAAGGAUAUAGGUCUACUAAAAUCAGUACUAAGGAAGGAUGUUCCCUAUGAAAUGAGAUUAUAACUAUUAAAUUUGCAUCCUUUAGAGAGGUGUAGGUUAAUAGAUGACAUGAUUGAAGUCAUUAAGUGGGGUAGGGGACAUAAGCAAAGUUCUUAGGAUUAGUAACUAGGACAGAACCAUAAACAAUGGGUUCAAACUUGAAAACUGUAGGUAAGAGAAAGAUGGGUUCUCAAUUAGAGUGGCAGAUGAAUAGAACGGGCUCAGAGUAAUCACAUUGUUAGUGUUAAGUCAAUAGGGAGCUUUAAAAGGGAGUCAGGUAUUCUAUGGAUGGGGGUGUUACAUGGAAAUGGGUAUGUAUAUUUCAUACAUGGACUGCCACAUGUAGGCCUGAUGGCUUCUUGCAGUUUCUCUUAUUUAAAGUCCUUACGCAUGCAGUCAUACCUUGUGAUUUGAACGUCCCUCAAUUCAAACACAAACACUUGUUGAAGUAAUACCAUUUAGUCGGUGUCCUUUCCUUCCCUUCGUCCAUUCCUUGCUCCUAUCCCUCAGCCCUUCCCAUAUCUUUCUAUAAUAUUUUUUCACCCACCCUCUUUUUCCUCCUUCCACCCAUCUCUCUCCUCCCCCCAUCGAUAAUUAAAAUUUUGUCCACUACAAAACUGUUUUCAAGACUGAAGACAGCAGGAACUUUUGAUGAUGACUUUACAAUGGUAUAUAUCUUUCUAUAAUAUUUUUUCACCCACCCUCUUUCCUCCUUCCACCCAUCUCUCUCCUCCCUCCAUCGAAAAUAAAAAUUUUGUCCACUACAAAACUGUUUUCAAGACUGAAGACAGCAGGAACUUUUGAUGACUUCUUUACAAUGGUAUGUUGCAUAAAAUUUCAAGGUCAUUAUUUUUGUCUCAAACAUAUAAGACAAACUACUUUUCUCUCUUAAGAUAAUUCAAGUCCUGUUUUAUUUGUCUAUGUCUUGGGAUGAUUUUCAAGUCCUGUCUUAUUUGAAGUUCUUUUCACUAUUGUUUUCUGUAAUCUAUGAUUUCCCUUUGGUUCUGUGUUUAGGACACAAUAUGAAUCGAUAAAAAAUCAAUAUAAUUAA